AGAGCGAUCAAAUAUCACAGCCCAUUCCAUUGAACUGCACUUGACGGGUUUUCUGAGAGACAGAGUGGAACUCGAGUGUUGACAUCAGCCUUGGAAUGCACAAUUCUCACCCUGGCGCAAGGGAAAUAACCUGGACAUAAACGCGCGACCUCGGGUCCAUUGUUCCAGUUUUCCCAAUGCCUCCCUGCUGCUCUCCCCCCUUUCUUCUAGCGCUGCUGCUGCCUGGUCUGGGUACUCUCCUCUUUCUGGUCUCAGGGGUCCACAGUCAAGGGAAACUCAAGCUCACCGUGUUGUCCGAAGAUCGCCUACAAAUGAAAUGGAAGGAGGCAGAGAGUCCAGUGCAGGGGUACAAGGUUCGAGUCAGGCCUAUUUCAGAGGAGCCCCAGCCAGAGCUGAUGCUGACAACCACACGCAGUCGGGCCACAGUGGCAGGGCUGGACUCCAAGCAGGAGUAUGCUCUGCAGAUCCUGAUGCUCAACGGGACACAGGAAAAACUCAUCGCCAAGAGACGCUUCACCAUUGACAGUCUGCGGGAGGAGUGGCUGAACCGCAGCGGCAGUCGAGAGCAGCGAAGAAAGGUGCUGGCCGGGGGGUCGGGGUCCGGUGACACCGACGACGUGACCGAGGCUCUUAUAGCUGCUCCCACUGUGCUGUACCAGGGCCACACAGAAACCACUGUGUCCCCUGACAAAGAUUUUGAAGCAGAGAAGGAGUCCCAUGAGAAGAAAAAGAGAAACAAGGAUCACGCUAAAACAGGCAAUAAAGAGGAAGCUAGAACCGCACGUGAAAAAUCCGAAGACAAAGGCUCCAGCAGGGGCAAACCCAAGAAAACAGCCCCUACUCAACCAGUCACAGGUGUGUCGGCACGUAAAGCGUUUGAGUGCGACUCGACUGCGGCGGCUGACAUGGUCUUACUGGUUGAUGGGUCCUGGAGUAUCGGCCGUACCAAUUUCAAACGGGUCCGAGAUUUCCUGGAAGGCCUGGUCACGCCCUUCAACAUUGGUAGCAACAGGGUACAAAUAGCCCUGUCCCAGUACAGUGGAGACCCCCGCACUGAGUGGCAGCUCAAUAAUUUCACCUCCCGUGACCAGCUUCUGGAGGCUGUCAGGAAUUUCAGAUACAAAGGAGGGAACACCUUCACAGGUCAGGCUUUGAUGCACGUGUUGGAACAGAACCUAAAGGAGGAGUCGGGAGCACGGCCGGACACCCCCCGCUUUCUGAUCCUCCUCACCGACGGGAAGUCCCAGGAUGACGCCAUUGCUGCCGCUAACAAGCUGAAGAACGCGGGAGUGGAGCUCAUCGCUGUGGGAGUGAAGAACGCAGACGAGGCGGAGCUGCGGCAGGUCGCCUCUGAGCCCCUGGAGCUUAACGUCUACAACGUGAACGACUUCCCCCUGCUGAGCAAGCUGGUGGGACGGCUUGUGCGAAUCCUCUGUGGGAAGAUCAAUGACCGCAGCAAGGCCAAGAGAAUGGAGAACCCAACCCCUGACCCAGUGCCGUCCUACCCAAGCCCCACUGGCUUCAGCUUCUCUGAGCUGGGCUCCAAGGAGGUCCGUCUGAGCUGGACAGCCCCGCCCCGACGUGUGGUCAUGUACAGAGUGGUGUACCACAGCAGUGAGGGUCAGAAGCCCCAGGAGGUGGUGGCAAAUGGCACAGUCUCAAGCAUCAUGCUGAAGGGUCUGUCCUCACAGACUGAGUACCACCUGUCCAUCUUCCCCGUGUAUAAGGACAACGUGGGGCCCGCCCUGAGGGGCACCAUCACCACGCUUCCACUGGCCACGCCCGAGGUCCUGGAGGUUACGCCCUUGUCCCUCGGAAGUCUGCGGGUGCGUUGGGGGCCCGUGCCGGGGGCCACGCAGUACAUGGUGCUCUACUCGGCCCUCAGCCAUGGGGAACCUGAGGAUGCCAAAGAGGUGAAGUUUCCAGCAGAUGAAACAGACAUUGAGCUUGAGGGUCUGAUGCCUGAGACGGACUACUCAGUGACGCUGUAUGCCCUGUACGAUGAGGACUCCAGCGAUCCCAUCACAGCCGUCGCAACAACGUACCCCUUGCCUCCCCCUGUCAGCCUACAGUUCCCCCUGGUCAGCCACAGUAUGGUGAGGGUCAGCUGGGUGCCAGGAUCGGUGGAUGUCCCUGGACAUCAGGUCACCUACAGCACUAACCAUGGCAGUGACGUCAAGCAGGUAGAGGUCACAGGUGCGAACUCUGUGCUGCUGCAGAGCUUGUCAUCCCUGUCCAAGUACCUGGUGUCUGUGCGCUCAAAGUAUGAGCAGGGCGUGUCCACCCCCCUCACAGCCAACAUUACCACACUGAGGGUGCCCGCACCCUCGGAUCUACGGGUAACCAACUUCUCAGGAAGUGACAUCUCAGUACGCUGGCACUCCGCAGCCGAUGACGUGGUGUCCUAUCUGAUUAAGUGGAUAUCUCUCAACGGGGGUGAGCUCAGCCAGCUCACAGUGGGCGGGGACAGUGAGGGAGCCAUACUGGAGGGAGUGGAGGACGAUAAGGAGUACCAGAUCUCCCUGUCCGCUCUGUACGCAGACGGAGCGAGGAGCGAAGCUGUGGCCACUCGGUAUAGCACCUCGUCCGGGGGCGGGCCCACCAGCAUGACCAUCUCCGAGGAGACAGCAGUGAGCCUGUUGGUCAGCUGGCUGCCACCCAAUGCCCAUGUACUGCAGUACCACGUGUCCUACACCGCGCUGAACAGAGAGGGACAAGAACACACUGUGCUGGUGCCAGGCAGUGAGAGGCACGUGCGACUGCAGCCCUUACUUCCUGACACACGAUACAGCGUCCUCGUCACCGCUGAGUACAGGAGCCGAGAGGGAGGCAGCGCCUCUGCACAGGGAAAAACCACUAGCCUACGCGUGAGCAGCGUUAGUGUGGUCCGAUCUGAUCACUCCAGCCUCUGUGUGUCCUGGAGGACCCUCUCAGCAGUCACUGGGUACCGUAUAGUCAUUCAGUCCAUCAAAGACAAACGGACCAAGCAGAAGGUGGUGGAUGCCUCCAGCAACAGUCACUGUUUCUCUGACCUCCAGCCAGAGACAGUGUAUCGUAUCAGUGUGCACUCACGCCUUGGAACAGCAGAGGGCACUGCUGUCACCAUCCUCCACUCGACAGCCUCAGCUCCAGACAAAGCCCCACAUCAACCCCGACUACGUUUGACACACAAUGAAGUGUGUCCUGAGGUGACCAUCAGAAACACGGUGGUUAAAGGGUUCGACAUGAUGGAAGCAUUUGGGCUGACCCAGGCAGCUCACUCCUCUGUGGAGGGGGUGGCAGCAGCGCCCUUUGUCUUCAGUAGUCUUCCCAGCUACACCUUGUACAGGGACGUCCAGCUCACCCAGAACACAAAUUUCGUCCACCCCGCAGGCAUCGCUCCAGAGCACACCAUCAGUGUGGUGUUCCGUGUUCUGCAGGACACCCCGCGGGAUCCCUUCGCCCUCUGGCAGCUCACUGACAACGACUUCCAGCCAAAAAUGGGGGUGGUGCUGGACCCCACAAGGAAGCUGUUGCUGUACUUCAGUCUGGAUUACAGAGAGGAGGUCCAAGAGCUGACCUUUGACCAGCCUCAAGUGCAGAAGCUAUUCUAUGGCAGCUUUCACAAGGUGCACCUGUCUGUGAGCCAGGUGAGUGUCUCCCUGUCAGUGGACUGCCAACGUGUGGCUGAGAGACCUGCCCGGCCCCUGGGUACCCUUCCCACUGAUGGCUUUGAAAUGUUGGGCAAGCUGGUCAAGACCCGUGGGCCACACAGCGGCUCUGCCUCGUUUCAGCUACAGUCAUUUGAGAUUGUGUGCAACAAUACUUGGGCCACAGAGGACACCUGCUGUGACAUCCCUGCACAGAGAGAUGAAGAGAGCUGUCCAGCCCCAGUCUAUGCCUGCACCUGUACCUCCGAUGUUCCCGGAGCCCCUGGCCCUACAGGCUCUCCAGGAAAACCAGGUCCUCGGGGUGAGAAAGGAGAGAGAGGGGAGCAGGGCCAAAAGGGAGAAAUGGGUCCGUCAGGAAAGAUAGGACCAGAUGGUACCCUGGGCCCCCUGGGGUCACGUGGCCCUCGAGGGAUGACAGUGCAAGGGCGAACGGGCCCUCCAGGUGAAAGAGGGGAGAAAGGUGACAAGGGAAAGCCUGGGAACCAGGGGUUGCCAGGUCCGCCUGGUCCACAAGGCAGAGAAGGGAACCCAGGACCCAAGGGAAUGCGAGGUGUUGAGGGAAACACAGGCACUCCGGGAACAACCGGACUCAGGGGGUUCCAGGGGAUGCCAGGUUUGCCAGGCCCUGAGGGAGAAAGGGGGCCCCUGGGAUCAGUGGGGCCAACAGGUCUUCCUGGGAACAAGGGUGAGAGGGGGGAGAAGGGGGAACCGCAGUCCCUUGCCACAGUCUACCAGCUUGUUACUGAGGCCUGCGAGCAAUUGGUGCACAGUGAGGUCCUGAAGCUGGACUCCUUCCUGGAUGAGAUGAGUCGCAAGCCUGCGCCCCUGGAGGAGCCAGUGGGGCCCCCAGGAGAGCCCGGGAUACCUGGGCCCAAAGGGCCCCCGGGGCAGAGAGGUGCCCAAGGAAGGCAGGGUACUCGAGGGAAACCAGGGAAGCCGGGUUACCCUGGAGAACAGGGACGUAGCGGGCUUGCAGGUGAGAAAGGCAGUCCUGGCACCAAUGCAAAGGGGCCAUAUGGAGCCAAAGGAUUUGCAGGUCCCCCAGGGGAGUCCAGACUGGGGAAGCCAGGGCCACGGGGUGACAAUGGAAAGCCAGGGGCCCCUGGACUCGCAGGGGCUGUUGGACAGCCUGGGGAGAUGGGGCCCCCCGGGGCAUGUGACAACAGUGGCUGUCAGAGAGGACGGGAUCCAGCAGAGGAUCCGUAUUUUGGUUACCGGCCCUGAGCACCAACAGACAGCUCCAUGUCUUUUUCCAGGUCCUGUCCAGUUCCUGUGAGUUUAUUUUUUUUCAGUUUAUGUUUUUUUCAGCACCCCCUUGGUUUGGAUAGAGUGCAUAGCUGGAGCUGUAACACUGACACUGGCUGCAAAAGAGCUCUUUCCAACAAACGUCUGUUGACUGUUUGAGAAUGUACCAUAGCUACACUACUCAACUACAGCAAGCACAGCUGGGAACAGAACUUUGGAUCAAAUAAGAACCUUUGGGACCCACCGCCUCUCACAGGAGAUACCAAAGAAGCCAAUGCCAGCAGAGCUGUUUAACUUGUCUGGAAAAUAUCUCUUUUCUUACUUUGUGAAUGGAAUAGCUCCUCUUCUUCAACAUCAGAACAAUCAAAACCAAGCCAGAACUGCUAUUUGUGCUUGAAAACCACAUUUUCAUGAAGGUGGCCAGUUACAUUUACUCAAUACAUUUUUGUUUUUUUCAUUUGUAUAUAUUUUAAAUGGGAAUUUUUCAUCCAGAUAUAAAAAAAAUUAUAUAUUUUUGUUUGAAUCAAAAACAGCAGAAUGCUUGUGGUUUUGCUGAUGAAUAUUACAACUUCUGCACUGAAAUGUUGUUUUGUCACUCACGUGUUUUUUCUUUUUUGUAUUUAUUCACUGUAACAUGUUUCACUGUAACUUCAAGCAUUUCUGUACUUUGUUAAAAGCAUGACUGCCAAUAUAGAAGUUCCUUUAACUCCCUCAAGUUAAUUUCAAAUCCAAAAAUUUCCUCAUUUUAAUGAAAUGCUUGUUUCAUAACAUGAUUAUACUGUGAUAUUAUGAAUAUUUUAAAUAUGUCUUCACUUGCCUAUGCAUACAUACAUAUAAAUGAUGUUUAUGAAUAUGUAUUUGAAUAUAUUUGUUGGCCUAUAUGAUGAAUUGUUGAAUGGCAGAAUGACUUUUUUCAGUCCUGUACUGUCCUGUAAUUGUUUUUUCAGUGUGCAGAACUAUGAAAGAGAGAGAGAGAGAGAGAGAGAGAGAGAGAGAGAGAGAUUACACACACCUUUUUCCUUCAACAAACAUAACAACAUAGGCAAUAACACAAUAAUACAGAGGGGAGACAAAAUAUCAAAGCAUCAUGUGGUUCAUCUUCAUAUAACAUGAAAUUUCCCACAAUAUAAAAAAAAAGUAUUUCUGUGUGUGUGUGUGUGUGUAUGUGUGUGUGUGUGUGUACAGUAACCUGCUCAAUGGUAAAGGUAUGGGGUAUGUACCCACCACCUGAUAGCAUACCAACCAAAAAGAUCAAAUUUCCUGCAAGUUGCACAAAACCCCAGAAUUCUGUUCAAAGCUUAUGCAAUUAUCCCAAACUCAGGUUCAGUGCGCCCUAUUGAUCUGGGAAAAAAGAAAAAAUAGGUUAAAUAAAUGUAUGUUUUAAAAUGAA